AUGGUGGAGACGGAAAUAAUCACGAGGGUUAUAACAUUUUUCUUUCCUUAUGGUUCGAAAAUUGAAGGUAAGUCGAACUUAAUUGGAAGAAAAAACAAUUGUCGGUUAUUUUUUCAGAAACCAAUAAAUGGUAUCCGGGAGAUCCUCGAGAUUAUUCGGAAGGACAUCCAGAUGGACAUGAAAUGUGGGGACAUGGACAAACAAAUACGAAAACAUCAUCUGAAGAAGAAAAAGAUGAUGAAUUCAAAGGAAAUGGAAAUGAUGGAUGGAAUUGGUUCACAAAAAUGCCAAUAGCUUCAACUGUUGGAUGGGAACUCCCGACAGCUACACCACCUACAGUAGUAACUGGAACAACACAAAAAACAAGUGAAACAUCUGAUGAUUAUAUUGGAUUGGUUCUUGCAUUAUAUAUUAUUUUGUUGAUAGUUGCAUUUGGAUCAAAUAUUCUUGUAGCAAAUACAAUCAAAAAAUUCAAAUGGGGAAUGAAAAUGGCAUUAUUGUUUCAUAUGUGUUUGGUUGGAGCAUUAGUUUGUAUUACAAAUUCUCUUCAUUUUCUCGCAACUGUUCAUCAUUUAGUCAAAAGAUCUAGAGUGAGUUCAAUAUCAAGAAAAAAUUGUCGCUGAUCUUACGAAGCCAUAAAAAACUAAUUUGUUGCAGAACUCUGAUUUCAUAUUACAACUUUAUGCUGUAAUUGCUUGGAUUGAUCAUGCAUUCAAUUACUCUCUUCUCAUAUUUAUUAUGUUUUUCGCAAUUUUCUGCUUCAAAUUUUAUUGGAACAACAAAACUCGUCGUGUUGAUUGGGGUCGUUCUUAUAUUAUUUAUGCUGUUAUCUCAUCUUGGAUUCUUUCAUUUCUUUUCGCAUUUUUCUCUGCUUUUUUCGAAUGUGAUUCUCAUAUUGGAGAUGACAGAUGUAUUCGAGUUAUUUGUGCGACUUCAAAUAUUUUCAGUUCAAUAUUCACUGAACUUCUAACACGUGUCAGAAUUGUUGUUCCAAUUAUUAUAAUUCUUCUGAUUAUAUUCUCAGUUCGAGUUGGAUCAUCAAAACAAAAAAGAGAAAGUGUUGGAAAUAUUGAAGGAGCUGAUAUUCAUGGAGAUAGUGAACUUAUGCUUGUUUGCAGUCUUCUUUUUGCUAUUUAUGAAUUUGCAAUGCUCAUUCCUCAACUUUUCCAAUUUUUCUGUAUUUCUCCUUUGGUAACUGUUUGCGCAUAUCAUUUUUGUGUUUUGAUUGCAACAUUAGCAACACCAAUUGCAAUUAUCACAAUCAGCCGAAAAACUCGUUCCCGAUUUCUUGCUAUUUACACAUGUUCAACUUCUCGAACAGCUCCACAAGGUUCAUUUGCACAUGUUGCCAAAAAAUAUAAAGAUAAUAAUCAAAGCGAAAAUGAAAAUGAUCACAAAUCACGACGUCAGUCAACAAUCUCACUCGUUUCUCAGGUAAUACUUAUAUUUUUUUGUUCAAGUAAAUCAAUUUUCUAUUUUUCUAGGAACAUCAUAACGAAUCAAAUGAUGAAUGGAGAUUGAAUAAAGAUGUCUUAAAUGUGAUUGAAGAAGAAGGAGAACCACCAAAAUAUGAAGAAGCUACUAAACGACAAAUUUCACAUUCAGCUUCAAGUGUCAAAAAAGUUCCAAUACAAGAAUUAUCGGUUGGCGGAAGACGCGCAACAUUCUCACAUUCCCAAAGUAUUUCAACUGAACAUGGAUUAAAUGGUCGAAGAUUCUCGAAUUAUACUCUUCCACCAAUUGAUGAUAAUAAUCGAUAUAUGGUUGAAUUCACUCAACAUGGUACAAGAGAUAUUCAAAUGAAAAUAUCAAAAAUGCAAAAAGGAAUGUCAAUCCAAGUUAAACCAGCAAACGAAUAA